CGGGGCGCUCCCGGCGUGCUCUGCGGCGCGCCUCCGCCCGCGGGUUUUGAAUCGCGCUCCGGGUCGUCUCGGCGCGCGUUGUGGCGGCGCUAUCAUGGGUGCUCCGUCGCUGCCCCCAACCUGGCAGCUCUACCUUAAGGACCACCGCAUCUCCACCUUCAAGAACUGGCCCUUCCUGGAGGACUGCUCCUGCACCCCAGAGCGGAUGGCGGAGGCUGGCUUCAUCCACUGUCCUACCGAAAAUGAGCCUGAUUUGGCCCAGUGUUUUUUCUGCUUUAAGGAACUGGAAGGUUGGGAACCCGAUGACGACCCUAUGGAGGAGCAUAGGAAGCACUCAGCUGCCUGUGCCUUCCUUACUGUCAAGAAGCAGAUAGAAGAACUAACCGUCAGUGAAUUUCUGAAGCUGGACAAACAGAGAGCCAAGAACAAAAUUGCAAAGGAGACCAACAACAAGCUAAAAGAGUUUGAAGAGACUGCAAAGACUGUCCGCCAGUCAAUUGAGCAGCUGGCUGCCUUGUCCUGAGCCUUUGCUGGGACAGCCUGGACCUGAGUGACGCACUCCAUCUAAGCACGAGUCCCAGCUCUCCCGGCCCGGCCUCCUAGCAGGCUCUUAUAGAAGGAGACGGUAUCUUGAAACUGGAUAUCAAAUAUUUUUGGGUUUGCUUUAAAGCGGCUCAGCCUGUGUGGCUACCUCUCUUUUUGUUGUGUUGUGGCUUUGCUCUAUUAUGACGUGGACUUAAGCAAUGAGGAACAGAGUGGAUGAGGGGACAGUGUUCUCUGACAGGACCUGUGGGGUCGGGGUGCCUGUGCAAGGCCUUUCUGGUUUUGACGUUUCCAUACCUGGCAGCUGACGCAUCCCAUGUGUAGGGGUGGAUAUAUGUGUUUAUGCUGAUAAUUCUGUCCUUCCGAUGAGUAGUCUACCACAGGGUAAUGGAAUAAAAUCACUUGAAAAAGUGGA